AUGAGCAAACUUCUAAUUUUCUUGAUUAUUCCUGCUGUUCUUUCAAGAGGUUUAAGAUUCUCCGAUUUCUCAACCACAACUCAACCUUUUCAACAACAACAAGAUGCUUUGAUUACUGUAUAUAAAUUUUUGAGCGCACUGGUGAAUGCAGCAAGAUCAGACGAUUAUUCAAUCUUUGAUCAACGUUUCCUCGUUCUUAUUCAUGAAGAUAUUCAUACUGUCAGAACUGGAACAAAAGAAGAUAUAUUCCAAAUUUUCAAAACAUUUCCUCAAAAUGACAAUAUUGAACAAGUGUUUCCAAGAAAUGAAUUGAAAUUCAUACAUGCAACUGUGAUCGACGGAUAUAAAAUCUUUGACUUUACAGUAACUAAAAAUGGAGUUCCGAUAUACGCUUCUGUUAAAGUUUUGGCCGAAAAUCAAUUCAGUUUGAGAUUCAUUACGAUUUCAAUUCCACCUAAAUUUGAAUAA